GACCGUCCCUGUGUCUAGACAAACAGAGAGACUAGUUGCAACCUGCACUUUGCAACACCAAAGCAGCAUAGCGAUGGCGUCAAUGUCUUUGACGAUGAACACCACCACGACGAUGACGACAUCAAAAGUAUCUGGAUUCCAGCUCUUUCGGCUUCCCAAACAGCAGCAGCAGCAGCAUUUUUCUGUUUCUAAUCCUGUCAGAAGAUACUGCGGUGCCCUUCUUCCAUCAUGUCAAUACGCUUCACAGAAUCACAAUCUUACGGUUAAGAGUCCUAAUAACUCUGGCCAUGCUCGUUUAUCCAGCCCGAUAUAUGCAGCCGCUGGUUCAGGUUUAGCGGCAUCAAUUGGAGAUGCACAAGGCAAUCUGAUAACCUUGAAAACAGCCAAGAUUGUUGUAGAGUCCCAAGACGACAAUAAGAUACAGGUUAGAGUAGACUUGACUGGAGACGACACACAAAAAGUUUUUGAUAGGGUUUUGACAAAUUUGGCACGCACAGCACCACCAGUUCCUGGAUUUCGCAGACAAAAGGGAGGAAAAACAUCCAAGGUCCCAAAAAGCUUUCUGUUGGAUAUACUUGGUAAGGAGCGUGUCACGAAGUUUGUCAUACAAGAAAUAAUAAACUCUACUAUGGCUGAUUAUGUAAACAAGGAAAACUUGACUGUGAAGGAAAACAAAGUCCGCACCACUCAAACAGCUGAGGAGCUCAAACUGUUGUUCACUCCAGGAAAUGAAUUUGGAUUCAAUGCUACACUCGAGCUCGAAACUUCAGAAUUGGAGACGCCAAGCUGAAUCUCGUGAGGGAUGGUUAUUGAUUAAACUUGCUACUUUCUAAUUAUUUCAAAGAGUUAAUCCACGAAAUUUUGUAAAUUAUAGCAUCCUCUAGUGAUAAUCCACGAAAGAAGAGGAAAGGAAUGCCUCCUCGUCCUCGUCCCCUCACAAAUAGAAAUAUUUGGAUGCUGACAUGUUUACUUGA